AUGAAGUUCUCCUUUGCCCUCUUCACCAUCGCGCUCGCCGCUGUCGCUACCGCGGCCCCCACCGCCGACAUUGCGGUCCCCGAGCUCGUUGCCCGUGACCAGCUCGCGGACCAUAUCUCCUGCCCCAUCCUCGACUGCGCCAAGGCGCUUGCGUCCAAGGUUGGCUCGUGCGCCAAGGCGGCCACUUCCCUUGGUCGCAACGUCAUCGCCGAUGCUCAGUGCCUCGCCGGAGUCGUGUCCACCGUCACCAACGCUGUACAGUUACUCCCCUCAUCGAAAGGCGUCGUUUUCUACAAAGUCCGAAGUUUUCCGGCAAAGUAUCCAAAAUUGUCGACUUUGGUUGUCCCCAACUCCCGACAGCUGCAAGCAGUGCCUUAG